UCUUACUUGGAAAGCAUUGAAAGAACCCUCUGUGUUUCUCAUUAGAAGACUGUGCUGUAUUGCAGUGGAGGAGAUAGCAGGCAGCACAGUCAGUAUACAUCAGCUCAUGCCUCCACUUCUGCAGAAACUCUUUGACAUGCAGGCUGGAGGAAGGAAUCUGCUUCUUCUCUAUACAGCCUGCUGGUACUGCAGCAAUACAUGGACGCCCAGUGAGGAAGGAUGCUAGAAAACGCAUAAAACAUCUCCCAUCUGGAUGCAUCCUGUGAGCUCCUGCUGCCUCCAAGAAAGCAGGAAGAGCACACAUCACCACAACAGCAGCCAACUUGCAGAAUUGCAUAGACCCUGUCACUGCCAGCUAAUGUGAAUGUGAAAAAAGCAAAGCAGCACUAAGACCCAGCAGGCAUGGGAAAGGAAGCAGCAUUGCUCUUGACAGAGAAGAGAAAUCCCUUCAGUGCUGGCCCAGAGAAGAGAGUAGAGAAGUCAGUCACCUGCUGGUGAAGGACAGUAACACAGCACAAGCAAGAGAAGCAAAUCUCUGUCCCUCUCUCUCAUCUUCAGAAGAGCCUCCUUAGAUUCUCUGCUCUGUCUUGACAUAACACCCUUCCAGAGGAGCAAAGCCCUCAUGGUUUUGGAGACAACAGCAUAUUUUGGAGGAGGACACCUGAAAGUGUCAUCUGCUGUGGUCAUUCCAGCUAAGUCUUAGGAGAAAGCUGGGUUGUUCUGCAAUUGAUCAUCAUUCAUGUGGCUUUGCCUGACCAAGGAAUGGUUUCAUGACAUCUCCUGCUUCCUAGUUUGAACACAUUUCUUUGCAUUCUGCCGCAUGAUGUCCAAGGAAGCAGCUUCUUAGGAUGCAGCAAUCCUCUGCUUUGUAGCAGAAAGGAUAUAAAUAGUCAGAUCAGAGAAUUGCUAUUUAUCUCCAACACACAUCACAGGGGGUCUCUGUCUGUCCACGAUCACCUGUCGCUUACCAGCCAGAAGCUGAGUGAAUUGGUUUAUUGUCUAGAUCAUCCAUACUCCUGGUCCAUAAGGAGAUCAUGAAAGAAAUCACAGCCAGGGUCUGGAGGACCAGGACGACUUUCUGAGUCUACAUUUGUUAUCCAACUUUCCUGAUGCACGGAUAAAGUCCCUAGGAAAAGAAGGCUGUUAUUAUGUAUUCAGGGACUCAGUGACUCAGAACCUUUGGACUGGUGAUCCUGGGGAUGAAACUAUACAUCCAUGGUGGGUGGUGGCUGAAGCAUAUUUUGAAGACAAAGUACGUUGGGGGGAUAUCUGAGCCAUUACCAAUGUACUGAGGACACUGCAAAGAACCAUCUGCGCUCCAUGUCAAGGAACCAGUAAAGAUGAAAAUUGGGAAUGUUAAAAUAAUUCCUUGCCUACCAAUCUCAUUAGAUAAGUAUAUAACAAGCUUCCAAUCUCGAAUCUGCCAAAGCACCUGUGAAAAAGAAAGCUGUGAUUUUAAUUCAAGAUAUGACACGAGAACAGUACAUUUUGGCCACACAACAAAAUAAUCUACGGACAGAAAACACACAGUUUUACCCAGUUGGAAUUUAUGGAUGGCGAAAGAGGUGCUUGUACUUCUUUGUGCUUCUACUGUUGGUUACCAUGAUUGUUAACUUAGCCAUGACAAUAUGGAUUUUGAAGGUUAUGAAUUUUACAGUGGAUGGCAUGGGAAAUUUAAGAAUUACCAAGAAAGGAAUAAGGCUCGAAGGUGUAUCUGAAUUUCUUCUUCCAUUAUAUGUGAAAGAAAUACAGUCUAGAAAGGAUAGCCCACUGGUGUUACAGUCACAUAGGAAUGUAACAGUGAAUGCAAGAAACCAGAACGGCCAUCUAACAGGGCAAAUGAUAGUAGGUGCAGAUGCUGUGGAAGCACAGUGUAAAAGAUUUGAAGUAAAGUCAAAUGAGGACGGGAAGACGCUGUUCUCAGCUGACGAGGAGGAAAUCACUAUUGGUGCUGAUAGACUCAGAGUCACAGGAACAGAGGGUGCUGUAUUUGGCCAUUCAGUGGAAACACCACAUAUACGAGCAGGACCCUCUCAAGACCUCAGACUUGAAUCUCCAACAAGAUCAUUAACAAUGGAAGCACCAAAAGGAGUGCAGAUAAGUGCUGUAGCAGGAGAAUUUAGAGCCAGCUGUAGAAAAGAGCUCCAUUUACAGUCCACAGAUGGAGAGAUAUUUUUAGAUGCAGACAGCAUCAGACUAGCAAAUUUACCGCAAGGUUCUUUCUCACCUUCUGCUUCAAGCUCAGUAGGCCCCCGACAGACUGUCUAUGAGCUCUGUGUUUGCCCUAAUGGCAAACUCUACCUUUCUCCUGCAGGAGCUAGUUCCACAUGUCAAUCCAGUAGCAACAUAUGUUUGUGGAGCUGAAGGAACUUUGUGUUUUCUCACACCAGAAUAGCCUUUUGCUACUUCACAUUUGCUUCACGGUACUGCCCAGAUAUCGUUGUGGUAUAAUGAACAGUUUAAUGGCCUGCCGAGCAUCUUCCAGGGUAUGAGGGAAUACAAUACUGCCUUGAAGUUCUUAUGUGACUUUUGAAAUAAUCCUGCAUAAAGGUGGACAUGAAAAAUUCAGACCUGGGUGGUCACCGUCCUAGUGUUAUCUACACAGAGAAUUACGAGGGUGCCUUUUCUAUAUAAAGUGAAGCACGUCUCUGUCUUGCAGGAAUCUGGAAAAAAAAGAACUCUACACCUCAUAUGCAAGCUAAUUGCUGGACAUUUACUUGGAAAAACAAUACAAUCCCAUGUAAAAAAAAAUAUAUAAAUAAAAAAAAGACUGUACCGUUUUAAAGCACAAUUUUCCAUUCAAUAUUUUUGGAUGUAUACUUUUAUCCCACAAAAGAAAUAAAUAUUAAAGUAUGAUGUGAUAUUGCCUUUACUAAACGAUUAAAAUGAAAAUAUUGUUUUUAAAAAGAAAAAUA